AUGACAAAAAAAGACAAUCGUUGGUGGAUUAGUUUGGUGGCACUUGUUUGUCAAACUACUAGUCUUGUUCUUCUACUACGUUAUUCAAGAACAGUGGACUCUGAAAUAUAUUUAUCAUCAACAGCUGUUGUGACUGCAGAAUUUCUUAAAGGAAUUGUCUGUAUUUUUCUUGUCUGGUUAGAAAACGAUCGUUCAAUUAAUCGAGUUAUACUAGUAAUUGAUGAAGAAAUUUAUAAUAAACCUCAUGAUACUAUGAGAUUAGCUCGACUAAGUGGAUUAUAUGCUAUUCAAAAUAAUAUUUUAUUUAUAGUAUUAUCUUAUUUAAAUACAGCAACAUAUCAAGUAACUUAUCAAUCGAAAAUUUUAACAACAGCUCUAUUUAGUGUAUUUAUUCUGAACAAAAAAAUAGAAAAACGUCAAUGGUUUUCUUUAUUUAUGCUUGCUAUUGGUGUUGCACUUGUUACAUGGUCAACAUCAGAUGAAUCAAAUAAACGUUUAACAGCACAAAAUCAAGCAACAUGGUUGCAACAAAUGAUGGGUUUUUGUGCAGUAUUCGUAUCUGCAGUGAUAUCCGGUUUUACUGGUGUCUAUUUUGAAAAAAUACUUAAAACUGAACCAACAUCUGUUUGA